AUGAAGAUGAUCAUCGCAUUCGUCGCCCUCGUGGCCGUCGCCUCAGCUGCCCCCCAGAGCAAUGUUUACGCAAUCCGGGAGAGUCUCCAUGACAACAUCGGUCUGCCCCUGGGCUACCAAUACGGCUUCGAACUCUCCGACGGCAGCACCAAGCAGGAGCAGGCCCGGUUCAGUCCGGGUAUUGACGAGGAAGGCAAACCCGCCGACGUCAUCUCGGUCCAGGGCAGCUACAGCUUCGCCGGUGAUGACGGCCAAGUGUACACCGUCGAGUACACCGCCGACGAGAACGGUUUCCAACCACGUGGAGCUCAUCUCCCCGUAUAA